AUGGAUCACAAUAAAAGUGUAAUUAAAAAAGCACCUUUUGUAUCAAUUGCGCUUGAUGAAACCACAGAUGUAGCAAAUUUAAGUCAAUUAUCCACUGUUGUGCGAUAUGUAUUGGAUGGCAUUUCUCAAGAGCGAUUCUUAGGAUUUUUUGACGUCACUAGCGAAAGAAUUGCAGAUGCAUUGUUAAAAAUUGUUUGUGACAUUAUUUCAAGUUUAGAAUGUGAUUUUAAGCUUGUUGCCCAGAGCUACGAUGGUACUGCCAUAAUGGCUGGCCAUUUAGGAGGCCUUCAAGCUAAAGUAAAAGAGAAGUUUAAACAUGCAAUUUUCGUCCACUGUAUAACACAGAGACUUACUUUCGUUUUAUCGCGAAGCAUAGAUAAUAUUAAAGAUUGCAAAGUUUUAUUUUCGACGCUUAGUGGUUUGGCUAUUCAAAGUCAUCGAAAAGAACUCGCGCCAUGGACAUCCUCGUUCAAAAAAGGUUUCCAAAAGUUGCUCCGACGCGAUUGA